GAUCAGCAGAGGCGGGAAGGGUUUGGUUGCACUUUCAAAAACCCUAAGAGAGAGAAUAAUGGCGCAGACAGACGAACACCACGAAGCAACCGACGGUUUGGCGAAGCUUUUGAAGAAAGCGAACCACGAUUUGACACUGGUCCAGCUCAAGCUCGAGAAGGAGUUUCAACAGAUCUAUCCCGAAAAUGCAAAUCCAAUGAAAAUAGUUUCUAGAAUAAAAAAGAUUCAAGAAGAUCUAUCUACUUUGAAGGAGCAGUGUCGCGAGCUUUUGUCUGCCAAACAGGAUUUGAUUGAUAAAGCUAGGACUGUUAUUGUUGGGAACAGAAGCUCACUCCAGCGAAUGCGAAAAUCAAUGGGCCUUACUGACACAGACGACUCUGGUGACUCUGCCUUCGAAAGCUUCAAUCAGAUCAUUGAUGAGUGGACCGUUCAAGUCAGAUCAAGAACAGGGGGUGAGAUUAAUGGUUCAGACUCUGAGGAUGUCAACAAGUUACUCUUCUCAGCUAUAGUUGAGAGUAACUAGCAACAAGUUGAUAAACCAACUUGUAUUUACAUGUCAAUAACUGGAUUGCUUCAGUAUGGACAUAUGGGAAUGUAAUAAAUUUUUUUUGUUCAUAUGUGAAAUUGUAAUUUUAUUAGAAGUUGAUAAAAUUUUGAAUAUAU